CAGUGCCCUUUCAUAGUUUCCACAGCAGAGCAGAGAUGGGCUCCUGGAUUUUCCUUGUGGCCCUUCUCUUUCAUUUAAGUACUGCAGAAACUCCAAAGCCGCAGUACAUCCUGGUAGUUCCGGCAGUAGUGCAGAGCGGCUCCUCAAAUGUGGCCUGCCUGGAACUCCAGAACCUCAAUGAGACAGUCUCUGUGAAUGUUACACAGCAGUACAACACUGAACAAUAUCUUCUGUGGAGUGAGUCUGUGACCAGGAAAAACUCCUUUCAGUGCAUCAGUUUCACGGUUCCUCCAGCUUUGCCUAACCCACUAGCUUUCAUAGUUAUUUCUGUCAAAGGCUCCUUCAUCAGCUUCUAUGAAAGGAGGUCUGUGGCUGUUCGGAACGUAACUACAGCAGUCUUUGUCCAGACAGAUAAACCUGUCUACAAACCUGGCCAGAAUGUGAUGUUUAGAGUUGUUACUUUGGAUACCAAUUUCAAGCCAGUUAAUGAAAUGUAUCCAUUGAUCUACAUCCAGGAUCCUCAAGGAAAUCGGAUUGCUCAGUGGCUGAAUCAAAGGCCUUCCUUUGGCAUCCUCCAACUGGAGCUCCAAAUGGUCCCAGAUACAAAUCUCGGAAGCUACCAGAUCGUUGUUGAGAGUACAUCAAGCGAGGAAAUACCAAGCAGGAAGAUCUAUCAGUGGUUCAGUAUAGAGGAAUAUGAGUUGCCAAGGUUUGAGGUGAACAUCAAAGCACCAGAGAGACUCUCUGCGUUCGAUGAAGAAUUCAAAGUAGACAUUUGCGCUCGGUAUACCUAUGGCCAGCCUGUCCAGGGGAGAGUCCAGCUCAGAGUGUGCAGACAACGCUAUUACCAUCCAAGAUGCAAUCGAGAUUCCAAUGGGAUUUGUGAAGCUAUUAGUGCAGAGCUCGGCAAAGAUGGCUGCAUUUCCAAAAUGAUUAGCACUAAAGCAUUCCGCCUUUAUGCAAAUCUGGAUACAGAACGUUUUUUCUUUUUGUCACUCCAAGUGGAAGGAGUCGUCACAGAGAAUGGAACAGGCAUCCAGAUAUCAUCCUCUAGCUACAUCUCUGUCUACCAAACAAGGAAAAGCAUAACAUUUGAGGACGUAGAGCGAUACUAUAAAAGAGGGCUUCCUUUAACUGGAAAGGUCAUGCUGAGAGAUGAGGAUGGUUUGCCCCUGGCAAAUGGACUCGUCUUCCUAGAGUUCAAUGGGAAGACUGUUGCUAACUUCACCACAGGCAAGGAUGGCAGUGCUCCGUUUUCAAUUGACACUUCUGACCUCUUUGAAGCUCGUUAUAAACUGAGAGCUUUCUAUCAACCAGAUCAGUGCACUGACUAUGGCUGGCUAGAAACAUACCAACCAGAAAGCGUUUACUACAUCCAGCGCUUUUUCUCCCGGACGGACAGCUUUGUGAAGAUAGAACCAGUUUUGGAGGAACUGCCAUGUGGUCAAGAAAAGCCAAUCACUGUGCACUACAUCCUGAAUAAAUACCAGUAUCAGGAUACGGAGCCAAACGACAUUAUCUUCAGUUAUAUUCUGAUGGCCAAAGGUAAAAUUGUUGACAGUGGUAAACAGCAAGUCAGCAUUAGGGCUGGACAAUACAGCACCACCUCGAUCCCACUGAAGAUUGAUCAAAAGCUGGCCCCAAGGGCAAGGCUGCUGGUCUACUCCCUUCAGCCGCACGGUGAGGUGGUUGCGGAUAGCAUCUCUUUCCAGGUCGAAAAGUGUUUCAGAAACAAGGUCAAGCUGCAGUUCUCUGAGCAGCAAGUGCUGCCAGCCUCCAAGGUGGGCCUUUACCUCCAGGCUUCCACCAAUUCCUUCUGUGCCUUGCGGGCGGUGGAUAAGAGUGUCCUGCUUCUGAGACCUGGAGAUAAUCUGUCACCCGAACAAGUGUACAACCAAAUGCCUUAUCUAGAUCUUUAUGGUUAUUACUAUGGUGGGCUGGACCUCGAAGAUGAUCCUAAAGAGCCGUGCAUUGAGCUGCAAAACACAUUUUUUAAUGGCCUGUACUAUAUUCCCGUGAAUGUUAGUAAUGAUGGGAGUGUCUAUGAUAUUUUCCAGAACAUGGGACUCAAGGUUUACACCAACUCUACGCUGCGAAAGCCCGUUGUGUGCCAAGGUGACUUUGAGUGCAAGAAACUUUCCACUGAUGAUCCUGAUGGUGGAGUUGGUGCUGGUGGUGCUAUCGCAGAAAAGGGGAUUGCUUAUGGUGCUUCUGCUGACCAUCUGAUAGAAACUGUGAGAACAUACUUUCCUGAAACCUGGAUUUGGGAUCAAGUUCCAGUCAACGGGAGCGCCACCCUCUCCUACACGGCACCUGACACCAUCACAGAGUGGCAAGCCAGCAUGUUCUGUGUGGAAAGCAGCACUGGGUUUGGCAUGUCUGCACCUGCCACUCUGAAGGUUUUCCAGCCGUUCUUUAUUGAAGUGACCUUACCCUACUCUGCUAUCCGAGGGGAAACAUUCCUCCUUAAAGCCAAUGUCUUCAAUUACCUGGACUCCCCCAUUGAGAUAACUGUUACACUGCACGAGUCUGAAGAUUUCAAAGCAGAACAUCUGUCACAGAACCAUAUCUCAAGGAUAAGUGCAAAUGAAUCAAAAUCCUAUACCUGGACAAUUAGUCCUCAAAGGCUGGGUACAGUGAAUUUCACUGUUACCGCUGAAGCCAAAGCCGGGGACCAAAUGGUGGGACGAAGGGACACAGUGACCCUGCCGCUUUUGGUUGAGCCAGAAGGCAUCAAAAAAGAGGUCACCCAGAGCGCUCUCAUCUGUACCAAAGUAGGCACGCCAGUCUCUGAAUCAGUUGCAUUGAACUUGCCUGAAAACCUGGUGAAAGGAUCAGCCAGAGCCUCUAUUUCUGUCCUUGGUGACAUUUUGGGCACAGCCUUAAGGAAUGUUGAGAAUCUUGUCCAGAUGCCCUAUGGCUGUGGAGAGCAGAAUAUUGCCAUGUUCUUGUCCAACUUCAUCGUUUUGAACUACCUGAACAGCACAAAGCAGCUGACGGAAGAGAAAAGGUCCAGGAUUGUUGGGCAUUUAAGCGGUGGAUACCAAAGGCAGCUCCUGUACAAACUCCAUGAUGGAUCGUUCAGCACAUUUGGCAGCAGGAACGCAGAAGGAAGCCUUUGGCUUACUGCCCUUGUCUACAAAACCUUUGCUCAGAGCACACCCUUCGUAUAUAUAGAUGACAAUGUCCUCAAUCAAGCACUUAUCUGGAUUGCAAGCAAACAGGAGGCCAAUGGCUGUUUCAAACCAGAAGGGAAAAUCUACAACAACGCCUUACAGGAUGGAGCAGAUUAUACCAUUCUCUUCACGGCUUAUGUCACUGCUUCUCUACUGGAAAGUGGACUUCCCAACUCGUAUCCUGUGGUGAGGAAUGGUCUCUCCUGCUUGGAUGCUGCUUCCAACAGGGAUAUGGAAAACACUUACGAAAAUGCUCUCUUGGCCUACAUGUAUGGUUUAGCUGGUGAAAUGGAAAAACAGAAAUCUAUCUUGAAUGCCUUGAUGAAAUCUGCCACCAAAACUGGAGGUCUGGUGCACUGGGAAAGGAAGAAGAGGCCUCCAGCAGAGAACGUCCCAUCUUUCUAUUCUCGUGCCCCGUCUGCUGAGAUUGAGAUUACAGGCUAUAUAUUGUUGGCUUUCCUUGGUCAAGAAAACCUAACCCAGGAGGACCUGACACUGGCCUCACAAAUCGCGCAGUGGAUUGUCAGGCAGCAGAAUCCCAGUGGAGGCUUCUCCUCCACCCAGGACACUCCUGUGGCUCUCCAAGCUUUAGCUCGGUAUGGGGCCCUCACCUUCACAAAAGACGCUCAAAGCACGGUAGAGAUCAGUGUCGGGGGAUUUUUUCAGGAGCUUUUCCAAGUAGACAGAAGCAACAGCGUUCUGCUGCAACAAGUUGCCUUGCCCAACCUCCCAGGGAUCUACAUUGUGGGAGUGAAUGGCUCCGGAUGUGUCUACACACAGACAACCCUGAGGUACAACAUCAUCCUGCCUGAACAGGCCUCCGGGUUUGCUCUGACUGUGCAGACAAGAAAUGCUUCCUGUACAGGUGACUUCCUGCCCAGAUUUGAGGUUGUGCUGACAGCCAGUUACACUGGAGAGCGCAACACAUCCAAUAUGGCCAUCAUUGAUGUGAAGAUGCUGUCUGGUUGGGUUCCCAUCCCAUCAUCCCUAAAGCAGCUCCGGGACCAGGUAAUGCGUGUGGAAACCAGGAAUGACCAUGUCUUCUUCUAUCUCCUAGAUGUAUCAUCAAAACCAGUUACUUUUGCAUUAACUUUAGAACAAGCCCAUCCUGUGACCAAUAGCAAGCCAGCUGAAGUUAAGAUCUAUGAUUACUAUGAAACAGAUGUGUUUGCCUGGGUAGAAUAUAACACACCGUGCCAGCAAACUUCAGGUUGAAACCCAGAAAAAGAACGCAGGAAGAUCUGAAUCUGUGUCCCCAAGUCUGAUGUGGAAGAGAAAAUCACCAUUCAAGCAAUUGCCCUAAAAUGUUACAGGACGCUGUUUAUGUUUUGGCUCUAGCAGAUUUAUUUUCCAGUUCCUGAUCAACAGUUUAAAUGUCUCAUUUACAAAAUAAACAUAAUCUGAUUGCUGCA